CCCCUCGACUUCACCUCCAACAAUCACAAUGGUCGAAGAAACAGAAUCUAAGCGUUUCGCACCCAAAGUCGCAGUCCAGCUCGACCCGCCCAAGGACGACCCCAUUUCCGUCGAGGAAUUGGCCAAAUGCGACGGUACCGAUCCUAACCGCCCGACUCUGGUCGCCAUCAAGGGUGUUGUCUUUGAUGUGACCCGGAAUUCGGCUUAUGGUGCCUCGGGUUCAUAUCGGGUCUUCGCCGGCAAGGAUGCCUCCCGUGCUCUUGCUUCAUCGUCUCUUAAGCCCGAAGACUGUGUGCCUGAGUGGUAUGACCUCCCGGACAAGGAAAAGACCGUCUUGGAUGAGUGGUACACUUUCUUCAGCAAGCGGUAUAACGUUGUUGGCAAGGUCGAAGGCGCCAAGAACACUUAAUGGCUAUAUUACCAUCGAGCGGCUGCCUUCACGUGGAUUGAAUGUGCGACAUUAUAUACCCAGUAUGAGAAAUGGAUCAACAAUCCAGUAUCAAAUAUCAAAUCCAUGCUUUUCAUUUUCGAAA